CGAGGUCAAGGGUGGUCUCGUUGGCCUUCCAAACAAGCAAUGCGUGUCAUGCGUGCAGUUCUGGAAAUGGCCGUGAGUCAGUGACAGACAUCAGUGAGCUGAGGAAGGUUAUGUUCGACUAGUCUGUAAAAAAAUAUGCGUAGUGGAAGAUAAUAAAUUCUGAAGUAUUUUAGCGUUGCGAGCAGUUAGAAGUAUACUUCAGUGAUGUGCUUCUCGCUACAACUGUAGCCGUUGAUUGAAGUUUUAAUGACAUAUUAUGUAUGAUCAGUACUUUUAAAAGAACUAUUAGAAAACUAUUGGUAAUUAACUAUAGAACGAUGGAAGGAUCGAACGGAAACAGUAUACCUUAUAGUCAGUCAGGAGAUAAAGACCAAGAUGAGAAACUUCUUCAGCCAUUCAAGUAUAUUUUACAGGUCCCAGGAAAGCAGAUAAGAGCAAAGUUAGCUCAUGCAUUUAAUUAUUGGUUAAAGAUUCCUGCAGAUAAAUUAAAUGUAGUAGGAGACAUUGUGCAAAUGCUACACAACUCUAGCCUUUUGGUUGAUGAUAUUCAAGAUAAUUCAAUUCUCCGACGUGGAAUUCCUGUUGCACACUCCAUAUAUGGUGUAGCUAGCACAAUCAAUGCUGCAAAUUAUGUAUUAUUCAUUGCCUUAGAGAGAGUUUUAAGUCUGAAUCACCCUGAUGCAACUCGAGUAUAUACUGAACAACUUUUAGAAUUACAUAGAGGUCAAGGCAUGGAAAUAUACUGGAGAGACAAUUACACAUGCCCGUCAGAAGAGGAAUAUAGACAGAUGACAAUUAGAAAAACUGGAGGACUCUUCAUGCUGGCAAUCAGAUUAAUGCAGCUCUUUAGUGAAAACAAAGCUGAUUUUACAAAAUUAACAGGGAUUUUGGGAUUAUACUUUCAAAUUAGAGAUGAUUAUUGCAAUCUAUGUUUGAAAGAGUACUCUGAAAAUAAAAGUUUCUGUGAGGAUUUAACGGAAGGAAAAUUCAGUUUUCCUAUUAUUCAUGCAAUUAAAAGUCGACCCGACGACAAUCAAGUUAUACACAUAUUACGCCAGAGAACUCGUGAUGUGGAAGUUAAGCGUUACUGUGUCUCUCUUUUGGAGCGUUUUGGAUCUUUCAGCCAUACACGCAAAACUUUAGAGCAGUUGGAUGCUGAGGCAAGAGAAGAAGUGGCGCAGCUAGGAGGCAAUCCUCUAAUGGAGGCUGUAUUGGAUGGCCUGAUAAACUGGAAAAGCACCACUGAAGGAAACUGAAGAAAAUUUUUAAAUUCUGCUUUUAUGUUGUAGGGUUUUUGUGGUAUGGUCUUCGUGAAAUGUUGGACCUAAACACUUGUCGUUCAUUUUCUAUUCUUCAAGUCUGUGAAGAUAAGUUUCUAGUGAUAUUCUUAUAUUGUUCAUUGAGGUUGAGAGUAGACAAAGCAGCUGAUUAUGCUACAAUUGUUAUUAUAUUUGUGUUGCAUCAUUUUUAUUUUUUUUCUAAACAAAGAAGCUUUGUACAGAAUUUUAAAGACUGUUACACAUACUUCUCAUGGUAUGUUUUCAUUCAUUUUUGUACAUAUGCGCUAGAAGCAAGUAGAUCUCAUAACUUCUAGCCUCAACAUUUAACGUUUUUUCUGCUCUGCUCAUUUAUGUAAGAUCUUAUUGGUUGCUUAGUGUAUUCUUUAUUUAAAUGAUUUUUACAGUGCAUUUUGUAAAUAAAUGCAAGAAAAUAAUGAUAGACUAGCAAAAAUGACCCCAAAAUGAUAAUAAUACAGUAAAACUUAAAUUAUAUGUUUUAAGGGGAUGAAGAAAACAAAACGUGUGAGAAAAACACAUUAAUGAAAAUGAAAAUUUUAUUUUAAAAUAAUACUGUUUGAGAAAGUCUGUAAUCUUAAAUUGUUUACACUGAAGUCAUGAACUUCUCUCUCAAAUUGGGAUAGCUGCUCCAUUAGUUCUUCUGAAACAUCAUGGUGAAUUAUAAAAGAUUAAAGUAAAUUUGAAACCAACUGGAAUAUUUGAUGUAACCCAUCACCAUUAUUCAUCUAAGUAACUCUUACUUGUGAAAUUGGCAAACAAGUUUGAGCUGAGUUGACAAAACAGCUUGACUAAUGAAUGCAAUACAGAUUUCAUGAGCAACUCCAGGAUAAUGUAGCUAAUUGUUCGCUCUGACAAAUCACCAAUGUAUUUAUGCUGAUUAAUAUACGGUUAUUAUAAAGUCUUAUUAGAUUUUUUUUAUUAGUCAUGUAAGAGUAAAAAGAGGAAGAAAGAUAAAACACAUACCCGAAAUAAUUUAGGAAGGAGAUGUUCAGGAAAUUAACUGAAAAUGAUCAUGAAAAAUGUACAAGUGCAAAACAUAUAAAUUGAAUUUUACUGUAUUUUGCAAUUUUAAGCUGAGGAAAAUAUUAAAGAAUAAUUUCAAGUGUAUUAUUCAGUUACUAGUAUCAAGGUGAAUGUAAAAAUUAAUUUUUAAAACCUAAUUUGAGGUAUUUCAUCACUCUUUAAACUUUUAAAACUGUUGUUUCCUUACUAACUAAAGUUCAUUGUAAAAUUAUGGAAAUGGUUGAAAGGGUGCCCUGUUGCCUUGUUAGUAAAAUUAUUGGGAGAAUUUCCGUUGUCAGUAUUAUAUAGAAAGAUAAAUUAACUUUCACUUUUCCAACUUUACCGGAUGUCUAUAGCACAGUUAUUCCUGCUGUUCCUUUAAUAUUCAAUUAUUGUCCAGAAAUCAUUUACAUGUGCUACUCAGGAGACAUAUUUUUUUUUUUCUAUGCAAUGAAGAUUAUAAAUUUUUAAUGCACCUUAGAAAAAAUAGGUUUUUGUUCUUGUUAUUUCAACAUUAUGCAGUGUUUUCAUUUAAUUUGGGGACAGUUCUGUUUCUUAUUCCUUGUGGUCUGAAGUAUAUCAUUCUUUCUUAAUAUUUGAGAGGAGUAAUGGUAAACAUUUGCUUCAUUUGUAUGCUUGCUCAUCACCUUCAGCUCUUCAGUAAAUGACUCUUUAUAUAUUGCAUCUAGUGGAUGUGAUUUUAAGUAUUGCCUCCUAGUCUCAAAUAUGGAACUGCUACUUUUGUACUAGAAGCAAGGGAAAUAUUUUAGAUAUAUUAUUUAUCUAGAUAAUUCUUUCUACUUAUAAAGGUGUAAAUUUUUUAUUGUUGAAAAAUGUUGUUCAGAAUUAUUUAAUCUUGUUACAAAUGACUACCUCUUGAAACAGUGGUAGUUUUUCUUUUCAAAGUGCAAAAUAUUUUGUUGUUAUGGUACAAAAGAAUUUUACGUAUUUGAUAAACCUGGCUAUUUCGUUGGUAGUUCAAUCUUGCUUGCUGAAUUAUUAUUAUCCUUGCAAAGUCAUUUCUAAUGGAAAACGAGUUAUGGAGUUAAUUCUAAUAUAUUGAUCAGUAGUGUUAAUAAUAAUUAGAAGAAUUAAGAUAAAUAUUUAUACAAGCAACUACUCUAUAAUAGACUGUUUUCUUAGAACUUCACUUUUCAUUUUAGAUUCAGUUUGCGUCAUUUUACUUUUACAUUCCAUUUCCCACCCUUGCUGUAGUUACUCUGUAAUGCAGUAUCAGAUGUAUCUUUUGAAGUUAUGCAAACUUUUGUAUAGUGUUGCUGGCGUUAUUGAUCUUAAGGUGGUGUGAUGCAUUUGGCUAGGUGGUGUGAUGCAGAAGCUACAUUUCAAAGGCUUAAUGAUAUUUUAUUCUUGAAAGGUAAAAUUAUAAAACAGCAUUCAAACUUGGUUUAUGGGUUUAUUAGUUAAUGUUCCUUGUAGGUUACUUCGCAUUUAUAAGGAUCUACAUAAAAUGCUUAUCUCCUGUUCUCAAAAGACAUUGAAUGCUAAAAAUGUGUGAAUCUAAAUAUUUAGGUACCAUGUUUUGAGUGUUCCAUAUUAAUAGGCAGAAAUGUCCAUUUUAAUUGAAAUAAUCUAGUUGACCCAUGCAUAAAAAAUAAGUUGUUCUUCGAUUAAGGAGAAUACACUUCUCCAGCUCAAUUUUUGUAAUUCUGCUGACAUGAUCUCAUUAUUUACUACAGCUUAUUUAGAAGCAGAAGUGUAUUUACCUUUAUAUUGCACAUUCAUGAAUUAAUAUGCGAUUUCAUAAAUUAAAGAGUGUGCACCAAUGCUUUAGUACAUACAUGGAAUACUCUAUUUCUUAGAGCCUCUGACAAUCAUGUGGCCAAGUUCAUGAACAGAGAUAAACAUUCAAAUUGAGUAAAUUAAUAAUUGAAUUUAUAGACUCAAAAGUGUCGAGUUGUCAGCCAAACAAACUAUUGUAAGACAUGAAAAAUGAAUGUUAAAGAUGUAAGUCUACAUGUAUUAUAGACCUCUACUUUCAUGUACUGAAUGCAGAAGGUAUUUCACAAAGGUCUUGCAGCUAAUAAACAUUGAAUUAAAAAUCUUAAAACUUUUAGAAAGUUCUUUCUUUUGUAUGAAAGUAAAGAAAGACAUUGUUCUCUGUAACUCCCCAAAAGAAAAUAAACAACAAGAAAUACAUUAGGUUAGAUGCAGUUCAGGGUAGUAGUUUAAGAAUCACGAAAGCUUGCAUGAAAUUUUUGCUUGGCUGAAAGUAUGCUUGAUAUCCUAUUGGUUCCCUAUUCAUUUUUGCUUCCAUCAACAUAUCACUAGUCACUUUCAAUGAGUAUCCCUUGUCCCAUAAAUAUGUAGUCCGUUUUAAGUUGUGUUAUGAAUUAAUAAGAGAUACUUUUUAUAAUAUAAUUAUUAAUAAAUAAUUAACUUUUAAUAGAGAAGAUUUUUGUCGUUCAAAUUAUUCUCCAAUCUUCGUACUUUUUCUUCUCUUACUAUUGGACACCAGGAAGUUUGGGAACCUCUGGAUAUUCAACUUCUUCAGCAAGGAGCCGAGUGUCAGCACUUCAGAGUAACAAAUCCUCAGUAUAGAAGUCUCAUUAGAUGAAAGAAAAUUUUGUAGUUUUUCAUUUAUGUUACGUAUGUUCAAACUUGUUAAAUAUUAAAAUGUGCCAAGAACUAACAAUGAAUAAUUGAAACACUGUGACAAUAAUGUGUGUCUUUUUAGAUACAGAUGUUCUUUAGGACAAUAUUAGAUGUACAAUGCCUUAUAAAACAUUUUUUUAAAAAUAGUUACUGGGUUGUGUAUUUGUAGGUUCCUUUUAUUUUCUGUUAAAUCUCAUAUGUUAAAAGUAUUUAUUAUAAAUUUGGUUUUACUACAUGUGGGGGAAGAGCUUGUACAAAAUGUAAAAAGUGUUAUUGGACAUAAAUACUUUUAUGCCAAUGUGUAAGAUUUAUCACAUUGAUUUGUUUGAAAGUCUGUAUUAUUAUGCUAGUAACAAAGAUUUGUUGUGAACUUACGAGCAUUUGUUGGUAAAUAACAAGUAAUGUUAUUGUGUGUUGUUUGGGAAAAUUAUAUUGAUUUUGCUGAUAUGUAGUUGAAACUUUCUUACAAAAGAACCAUUUUUUCCCUUCCAG